ACAGCAUUACGUAAAGCAGAGUGUUCCGGGUUCGUCAGAUUAACUUUCUAUAAUGACUUAAUUAGUCUGUUGCAUGUCAUGUAGGGUAACAGCACCUGCUACAGACAUGGGGAAACACUCGGGGUUUUGUCUGACUGUAUUCUUUGCUGGGCUUCUUAAUAUUGACGCCAUCACAGGGGACAUAAGUGAGUGCGCGAACGCUGCUGUGUCAGGGGAUAUACCAUACAUCCGGAUGUGUGAGGACGCAAGAGUGACGUCAGACAGAAUGAUACUGGACACGCACCUUGCCGCGGCCACAGGGGAGACAACUUGCUCGUGUAGUGCUGAAACUAACGUUUCCGUUGUAUUUUAUCUACAAUAUUACGGUGUUGGUCUGAACCCUAAUACAACCGGGUGUGUUAGCAGGAUAGUAAUAACCAGCCCGACGUCUUUUAACUCGCCAUUCGAAUGCAACACGUCUACAUCAAAUCCUCUCGUUGCCCUUCCUAUGAAUUUGACCUGGAGUGGAGCAUCAGUUGGGGAUUCAAAAUACUGUAUUGAUAUCACAACGGACCCAUCACCAGGAAGUAAACAUUUUACAAUGGUAUGUUCUAAGCCAGGAACGACAUUCACCACAUUUUCCACUCGUCCAAGUACUACUAAAGCAGCUGAAACGACUGUCCAAACUACAACUGUAACAGAGACUCGUACCACGAACAGUGAAGGGACCACGUUCACGUCGGCGAUGACCACUGUGUCCAACACUGACCAAGGAACAUCACGACGGGCGGGCGACACGCGAACUGAUACAAACCCGCAGCGCCCGAAGGACAGUGUACCGUUAAUUAUCGCGAUACCAGCUGCUGUAGGAGGGUUUGUCCUUAUUAUCACAAUAGUGAUAAUUGCUGUUGUCUUUUCAAAGUGAGUAUAUACUAUUAUAUUGCUAACUAAAACUAAUAACACAUCAGAAAUAAAUACAGAGUGAACGAAGGCUAGCAUAGAUUUACCUCCCCUCCUUUCCCAUCCCGCUUCUCCCGUGACCUUUAACCCUUUAACCUUGACCGAUGACCACCAAAUUCCAACCAGGUGUUGAGAGCAAUGCUAUAAUGCUGUGACGUAAAUAUCAAUGAAAUUUGUCGAGGGUUUUGUGAUAUAUAUCUUGUACACAAGAUUUUAACUUCAAAUGUGGCAAAGUGUGAACUUUGAUCGCAAAACCAGGGACAGUAUAUAGACUUCACUAUACGUCCCUGGCAAAACUAAUCUUUGUAUAUAAACUAAUUAAUUCUAUACUCGCUUUAAAAAUGAUGUUGCAUUGCUGCACUGACUAACUUUAAAUAUACUAUGAAAAAUCAUUCGGAAGUCAAACUGAAUAUAAACGAAUUGAAAUAAUAAUGAUGACAUUGUUUUUUAUAUAACAUUUAUAAGUACAUGUAUCUUACUGGUUUCCAUUGGAAACACACUGUCUACCGGGAAAAUGUGGCCGCAGUUGAACUUCCGCCCUUAAAUCCCGCCAUACCGAGAGUGAUUUUAUCCUUAGACCGAAUAGUAGUACAAAGUACACCAUACACACCAAAUGACGCGUGAAGGGCGAAAUGAACACCAGAUGAAUGCUAAUGAUCGG